UUUCGCAUAUUAUUUCGAAUGUAGCAAAGUACAAAAUUUUAGAAAGAAAUACUUUAGUAAAAGUACACAUUUAAAAAAAUACUUAAAAAGUAGAAAUUCACAAAUUAGCUACUCAAUUACAGUAACGUGAGUAAAGACACAUGGCAUUUGUUAUCCCACUAAAAUGAUCACAAAAAUUCUAUGGCUCUUCUCCUUGGCUGUGAUUUAUAGUUUCGUUUUCGUGACGGGACAGAAAUAUAAAACGUUUUAUUACAGAAAGGAUUCAAGUAUAGGUCAUGGUGUUUGUCGUGGUGGCAAUUAUAAUGGUGGAAAAAUGAACGUGGAAAUUAAAGAAAUAGGAAUUCCAACAGCCGUAUUAGAAGAAUCAUUUUUUGAAAGCUUUUUUGAUUUAGGUAAAAAAACAUCGGAAUCUGGUAAAUAUCUUUCAGAGGAAACAAUAUCACUUCUUGAAAAUGUUAAAAAUGAAGCCGCAAAAAGAAUAAUGGAUAACAAAAAAUUUUUAAAUCAUCUUUCAAAAAUAUCAAAAUGCUUAGGCGUGUUUGGAUUUGCUUUCGGAAUACUAAAUGAUAUGACAACACCUUCUCCGCAGGACAUUAUUGAUGCUACAAACAAAGCAAUCGUAAAGCUAAGAAAUGAAGUGAACGAUAAACUUAAAGACAUGAAAGAUUACAUUGAUAACACUGUAUUGAAAAUAAAAGCAGAUUUAUUAGAAAAUCAGUAUUUGUACUUUGAAAAAAAUCUUGAGUUUUGCGCAGGAUUGUAUCCAGCUGAAGAAAGCAAUGACCAAAUUUUAUGUACUAGAGAGCUUUUUAAAAGUAUAGUUUCACGUUCAAACAGUUUCAGACCAAAAAUUUCAAAGAAAAAUUCAUGGAAUGAUAGAAAAAAACCAUCCAUAAAUGAAGUAAAAGAAAUAGAAGCUGGUUUUCACCUACAUCGUAUGUAUUGUACACUUUAUCUAAAGGUUGGCGGAAUUCUUUUUCAAACUUAUGAAAAAGACGAAUCAAACGAAGGAAGGUUCUAUUAUAACUUCUAUGCAUCUCAUCUAAAAAAGGGUGCAGAAGAAUGCAAAAAUUAUACCGAAUUUGGUUAUAAUUGGAUUGAAGAUGCUCACGUCAAGCGCCCUAAUUGUAAAGAUACAUUUAAAUGUGAAGAUUCUGUUAAAAUUGAAGAAGGUUUAUUGGAAACACACACGGCAGACUCUAUUCGUUGUUCUUGCGUAUUUGAUGGAACUCAGAAAAGUACAGAUACCUGUUACCAUAACAUGAUAAUUCGGGCGGACAGCGAUAAACCAGAAGAUUGGUCACGCUGGGAAAUUCGUGAUAAUGGUGUUGGUUCCGAGCUUACCACUAAAGAUGCUGCCGAAAUAAUUGGAAAAAAAAUUCUUAUCAGAGAAUCAGAAGAAUACCUGGAAAAAGAAGAAAAAAAUAUUUAUCAAUAUUGGUACAUUAAUGGUUUAAAUCAGAUUCACAUAUGGGAAUCAAUAUCACAAAAAUUUGAUGAUAUCAUCCGACAACAAGAAACAGUUGUGACUUUGCCUGUGAAGAUUUCAAAGAAAGACAAGAAACGUAUUAAAGAACUAUUUAAACAAGCUCAAACUCAUAUUGUAACUGCUUUUUCAAAAACAUCCACUAACGCAAAAGAAAAGAGCAAAACAAGCAAAAAACUAGCGUAAAAACUAUUAUCAUGUUGUAAUGAAUUAAAAGUCUUAAAUACAUAUUAUUAUAAUGUAAUGAAUAAAUUUACGUUGAAAAUGUAUUAAAAAGUAAGGACUA